AGUUUUAACGAUUCUAGACUUCUAAUUUCUUACUCGGCACUUGAAAGAAACUCAUCAUUUAACUUCGGCAACCGUUUUGAAAUGUGGUGUUCAAAUUCAGUACUCUCGGAUCCAUCACUAAACUGUAGGCAAUUAAGGCUGAAACAUCUGUCCACCUCAACUCUCCGCGUGGUGCAGCACGCCGGCCUUGAACCGUGCUGGGCUCACACGGUCAUGGCUAACUAACUUUCGUCCGACCCAGGGCUCGCAAUCAAGUUCACAACAGGUCGGCUGGACAAUGUACCAGGGAACUCCACGAACCGGGGCUCGCCAAGCGUCCGGGCCCCCGGGGCGGCUCAUCUUCGGAGUAUCCUCCAUCCGGGUCCGCACCGGCAGCCCCUCCUCCGCCGCCCAGCAGCUGGGGGAGAGGGGCGUGACGCCCGCCGGCCGCGGGAACUCCCGCUGACGUCACGUGACGCCGCAGGGCUCGGGCCGGGCGGGGCCGGGCGCCCUCCGGCCUUCCUCCGGGAGGCUGUGGCCGUCCCCGCCGUGGGUCCGGCCGCCUGGCGAGGGACGGAACGCGGCGGAAGGAGGGCAGGAGCGAGCGGCGGGGCCUUCCCGGCCCGGAAGACACCGCUGUCGGCCUUGCGCUCCCGAGGGCUUCCAGGGAGGCUCGGAGCGGCAUUUGAACACUUCAGAGACAACCUCACACCUAUGUAAGGUAACGAGAAAGGUCGGGGGAAACAUACACAGGCAGAAGUGUGAAGCCUGGGAAGAAGAUGAGCAUUUCAGGAAGCAACUGUGGAAGCCCUAACUCUGCAGAUGUGUCCAGUGACUUCAAGGAGCUCUGGACAAAACUGAAAGAAUCUCAUGAUAAGGAAGUACAAGGUUUACAAAUAAAAGUAACCAAACUGAAAAAGGAACGAAUUUUAGAUGCACAAAGGCUGGAAGAAUUCUUCACCAAAAAUCAACAGCUGAGAGACCAACAGAAAGUCCUUCAGGAAACCAUUAAAAUUUUAGAAGAUAGGUUAAGAGCAGGAUUGUGUGAUCGCUGUGCAGUAACUGAAGAACAUAUGCACAAAAAGCAGCAGGAGUUUGAAAAUAUCCGACAGCAGAAUCUUAAGCUUAUUACAGAGCUUAUGAAUGAAAAGAAUACUCUUCAGGAGGAAAACAAAAAGCUUUCUGAGCAACUGCAGCAGAAAACUGAAAAUGAUCGACAGGAUCAAGUGGCUGAGCUUGAAUGUGAGGAAAACAUUAUCCCAGAUUCACCAAUAACAUCCUUUUCAUUUUCUGCCAUUAACCGACUACGAAAAAAGGAGAAUCUCCAUGUCCGAUACAUAGAACAAACACAUUCUAAAUUGGAGCACUCUGUAUGUACAAAUGAAUUAAGAAAAAUUUCCAAGGCUUUAGCUCCUGCACCACAUAACUCUGAGGAACAUGAAAUUCUAGUAGCCGACACUUGCAAUCAGAGUCACUCACCCCUGUCUAAAAUGUGUGGAAGGAGCAGUUAUCCCACUGAUAAGUCAGCUUUCAAUCUAGACACUGUUGUCGCUGAAACACUUGGACUUAAUGCUCAAGAAGAGUCUGAACCUCAAGGUCCUGCAAGCCCUCUUGGGGGUGAGCUCUACCACUGUCUUGAAGGAGAUCACAAAAAACAGCCUUCAGGAGAAUCUGCAGGAAGCAGUGAAGAUAGUUUAAGAUUUUCAGACUCUACUUCAAAGACACCUCCCCAAGAAUUUACUACUCGGGUCUCAUCUCCUGUAUUUGGAGCUACCUCUACUGUGAAAACACAUUUGGGUUUGAAUACAAGUUUUUCCCCUUCUCUUUUAGACAUUGGGAAAAGAAACUUUCUGAAGACGGCUCCCUUUAGUAACAUUUCUGCCUCUAAGUCAGAGAAAGCUAGAUCAAAAUCUGAGGACAGUGCUCUUCUCACACCUCAUAGUCUGGGGUCUGAAGUGAAUAAGGUCAUUAGCCAAUCAUUUCCUAAUAAGCAAAUACUUAUGAAUAAAAAUGUAAGUGAAUCUGUAGAUGAGCAGAGCAGUACAGAUCAUAUUAAAGAUGUUAUUACUGAUAAAUAUUUGGUGCCUUUGAAAUCACUGGGCGGCAAAGCAUCCAAAAGGAAGAAGACUGAGGAAGAGAGUGAACAUGUAGUAAACUGUCCCCCGACCUGUUUUGAUAAGGAAAAUACUCUUCCUUUUCCAAUGGAGAAUCAGUUCUUCAUGAAUGGAGACCAUGUGAUGGAUAAACCCCUGGACUUGUCAGAUCGGUUUGCAGCUACCCAACGUCAAGAGAAGAGCCAUGGAAAUGAGACUUGUAAAAACAAGUUUAAACAAGUGACUAUUUAUGAGGCUUUGAAGCCCAUUCCAAAGGGCCCUUCUUCAGGUCGUAAAGCCUUGAGUGGAGCCUGCAUAUUAGCCAGAGAGUCUUCAGAGGUGUCCUGUUUACAGCAGCGGUGUAUCCUCCAGGCCUCUAGUAAAGGCUCUCCGGACCAUAAAACACCCCUGCAGAUAAAAGAGGAAAAGCCUGUCUUCAAAACUCCUCCGUGUUCACAAGAAAGUUCGGAGACAGAGAAUCUUUUUAGUGAUGUGAAGGGUACUGGUUCUCUUGUGCCAACAAAAGUAAAAAGCAGAUCGAUCCAUGGAGGAUGUGAGCUUGCAUCAGUUCUUCAGUUAAAUCCCUGUAGAGUUGCUAAAACAAAGUCUCUGCCAAACAACCAAGAUGUGUCCUUUGAAAAUAUCCAGUGGAGUGUUGAUCCCGGAGCAGACCUUUCUCAGUAUAAAAUGGAUGUUACUGUAAUAGAUACAAAGGAUAGCAGUCACUCACGAUUAGGAGAGACGGUGGACAUGGACUGUACAUUGGUCAGUGAAACCGUGCUUUUAAAAAUGAAGAGACAAGAGCCAAAAGAAAAAUGUCCAAAUGGAGACAUAAAAAUGAAUGAUAGCAUGGAAGAAAUGUUUGAUCAGACAGCACAUGAAGAAUAUGAAUCCUGUUUGACAGAUAACUUUCCCCAGGUACCAGAUGAGGAAGAACCGUCUGCUGCCACAAAGAAACCAAACAUACAUGGUGAUAAACAAGAGGGAGUCAAGCAGAAAGCAUUUGUGGAGCCAUAUUUUAAAGAUAAAGAGAGGGGAGGGCAUGAGCAUGCCACAGCUGUUUUAUGGGAAUGAGAGGACAUCUUGGAGGAGGAGUUCCCCUCCUGCCAUACAGGUCGCAGAGAUCAGACUCAGGUCAGGUUUGGUAGCAAGUGCCCUCACCUGUUAGGCCUUCUCUUCAGCCCAAAAUAAAGUCACUCUUCAACUUUCAUUUCUGUUGAGUACUUUAGUAAUCUAAAAGCCAAAAUUUUUAAUUAAUUGUUUUUUAAGAACAGGAUUUCAUGGUAUGAUUUAAGUGUAUAAUACUGGCUGGCCUGGUGUAGCAUUCGUGCUACUACAUGGACUACGGUCCUGUAAUGCCUGUAUACGUGUACUAUGACACUAUGCCUGUAGCCUACCACCUGCAGUACUGGACAGGACUGGACGCUAGCUGGGAAAAGGGCUGGAGAUUUUAAACAUAUACACACACAGACAGAGACAUGGGGACACAGGUCAUCCUUGAAACAAGAAUGCCCCCUUUAUUGUAUUCAGGGACAGCUUUAAAGGGAUCCUUGACUGAUAGCCAUGACCCAGCCAAACCAACCAGAAACCACUCUCCUGCCAUCCGGAACUCCUGAGGGUCUCUGCUCAGAGCAGCUGCAAACACAGGAAAACAAGUUGUUUUGCUCAGAGCAGCUGCAAACAUAACAAGUUGUUUACAGGAAAUUUAGGGUCUGGGGGGUCCACAGCCCCCAACAGCCUGAAACUCAACUUUGGUAGAUUAAAUUAUUCUCACACUCACAGAGAUCUGUCUGCCUUUGUCUUCUGAGUGUUGGGAUUAAAGGCCCAACCACCACACCCCACCUAAAAUGAAUUUUAUUGAUUCCUAUGAGUCCAAAAGCACUAACUUGACAUUUUGUCAUUAAAUGUUUCAUUAUUUUCCUUUAUGUGCCACUUCCCCAAAGAAAUGGAACCCUAGAAUUCCCAAAAAAAAUGUAAGCAGGCAGGUUUUUUCCUUUAAUGUAACCACAGGUUCAUGAAUUUAAGCAGCUGAUGUGUUUGCAUCCAUUGUAUUUGACAUGUUUGUAGUAACAGGCCCUCUUAGCACACACUACAUUUACGACCCCCGGUCCUAAUAGACGGUGCUGACUCCUGUAUGCACAAGAUUGUAUCCUGUGCCUGUGAACAUUUUCACCCCAUUAAAAAGAAGCAUUUUCCUCACAUAUCCAAAUUGUCAGCAUCACUGUCUUUGUGCUUGAGAGGCAUCAAAUAAACAGUAGCUCUGUGGCCAGUCUGAUACCGGAAAUGACUGUGGUGGGUGGCAUACACAGAUCAGAUGGAGCAUGAUGGUGCAGGAUUCCAUUGUACUACAUACAGAGAACUUCAUACAUGUAAUGGCAGGUGGCAAAGCUGCCAAUGAGGAACUACUACAGACAGAUUGUCCCAUUUUCACCUGUUAGAAGCCUCCUGGGUCAAACAGUUGCCUAGACCCCUUUUAUAGCUUCCAUGAUAGAAGCUGCAAAAUGUCUGGUGGAAGGGCAGUUUAGAGCACUUGACCCCUCUUCCACAGGGUGAGUUUGGUUCCCAGCAGCCAUGUCAGGUGGCUCACAAUUGCCUGCAGCUUCAGCUCCAGGAGACCCAGCCCUAUGGGAAGCGUGCAUGCUUGCACGCGUGUCAUGUGUGUUUGGAUACACUUAAGCAAGUGAUGUUAAUAUAGCUGUUUUCUGCUUUAUUAGUUUUCCUUUAGUUGUUUCCUUUACAAUUCUGAAAAUUGUAAUAAUGACUGUCUUCUUUUUUUAGCUGUCAUGUGACUGCCGUGGCUUGUUCUCUAGCAGUAAACCCUUGUUUCAUUCACUGCAAGGCUAGUGCACCUAAUGAUGCAGUGAAUGAAGAGCUUUGUUCUGUGACUUCGAGACAGUCCUAGAUUAAUACGAUAUUACAGGGCAAUAGCUUGUGCUUUCAGUGUUUCCUGAAGUAAGAGUAGCUUUAUUUCUGAAGCUGUUGGGUAGCUAAGGAAACAGGAAGUGGAUAAAGGUGGAAAGAUGGUAAAGGUCUCGGUGAUCGUGUGCUCCUCCUGCUGAGAAGUCUAGAAGACCCUGGUGUACUUGUCUCGUUGCUCUGAUAAAUACCUGGCAAAAGCAACAUGAGGCUCACAGUUGUAAGAUCUCUUGCAUCACGGUUGGGAGGUCACAGCAGCAGGACUUGAGGCAGCUUGUCUUCCUGUAUCCCCAGUUGGGAAGCAGAGAGCCAUGAAUGCUGGUGCUCAGCUCUCUUCCUCCAGUCCAUGGAAUGGUAUCCCCCACAGCUAAGAUGGGUCUUUAUCUCAGCUAACCAGCACUCCUGGGCAUUCCCAGAGGCAACCUAAUGUUGAUAGUCCUUCAUAGGUGUGCCUAGAGACUGUCUCAUAAGUGACUCUAGAUUCUGUCAGGUUGGCAGUAUUAUGCAUCAGGUCUGGUCAGGGACACAAAACUUACAGCCUUUUAAGUGAUGCUCUCCUUGAGUCUGCCUUGGAUGCCAGUCUUCUAGUGAGUACCUGCUACAUGUAUUAUGCUCAGAGGGCAUAUGGUAAAAACAGAUUCUACAUAUGCCUAGAUUUCAUAAAUUCUUUGACAAAAAUAUUGUGUAGCAAAAUUUUAUCCACCCUUUCUUGCUCUCCCUUUUUUAAUUCAUGCAUUACUAUAGAGUUGAGGGUUUUAAAAGUUAGAAUACAGAAGGGACCUCUUACUCCGUAUAGUUGUAAACAGAAUAGUUAAAAUUUGUUUUGAAGAAAAAUUCUUUCCAGUUAAAGAAACAUUAAAUUCCAAUCAAGAAGAGUAGGUGUGUCCCCAAGAAAUCAUUUUAAAAAUCAUCUUUUGUUUCAGAGUAUUUAAGUUCACUGAGAGUGUUUCUAUUAGAAACAACAUAUAUAUUUUAUAUAUGCAUGUAAUUUGAUAUUUAUAAUUAUAUAUAUAAUUUGAUAACUCUUCCAUUAGUUGGCUUCAUAAAGAUAUAAAUUUGUAUGUAUUUAUGCAAGUCAUUAAACUCAGAAGGGAACCAUUAAGAGGAGAGUCUUAAGGGGUAGGGGAAAGAGAGGGUGGACCACCUGUGGCAGGAUAGCAGAAGGGGCACUUGACAGAGAAUGGGCCAGUGAGCAUAGAGAAAAGAAGGGAUGGACAAGAGCAGUAGAGGAAGGGAACAAAUAAGAAAUCAUGCAUGAAGCAUACUUUGUGCUGACUUAAGAUUAGUCUUGAAAUACUUACCAAUAGUAGGCCUUUAAUAAACACUUGAAAAGAAUCUUUUGUUUUCAUAAUACACAGAACAUUUCAAAUGGAAUGAGUGUUUGGGGAUUUUUCUCUUAUGAGUUCUUCUAUUUUUUUUUUUAAUUCAGAUUUUAAACCAGAAAUCUUCUAGUAACAAACAGGUUAACUUUAAAUUCCUUUUCC